AUGCCAGCCAUAAGAGCUCGUGGGCGUGUCAAGUUAAGAGGCGGAGCAGCACAAGAGGUUUUGAAACAUGGCAAUGCGACUUGUGGUGUUUUGAUUUCGCAACGCAGCUUGUCGGAAACUUUCCAAAACGGCAAAUUAGGCGAGUCCAGCAUCCCUGUUCGGGCCACAACGCAAGGUCUCGUCUCCAAUGUCGAAAUCGUGGACGAGGACGAGGAAGAUAUCGAGUUCGAGUGGAAUGAAUUAGUGAGUGAAUUAGCCUAA